AUGUUCUUCAAAUCAGCCAUCACCAAUAAAUACGUGCGGCGCAUAGAAGAAUAUCAACCGCUGAAUGGAUAUCUCUCAUCCGACGGAGCGAAUUGCAAGAACCAGAUCGUGGAGUUCAGAUUGGAGCAGGCAUGUACUGGGAGUGGAAUGUACCACAUAAAAUAUGUUGGCUCCAACAAAUACUUACAAGUGAAAUCGGCUGAAAACGCCAACACUUCAUGGAUUACUGCUGAUGCUGAUGCAAGAAACAAAGACCAAGACCUUUUGGCAUGUACUUUGUUCGACAUCGAUUGCUUCGGUACUGGUCCUACUACAAUAAUCCAACUUCGCCACCGCUAUCUCAAACGCUAUGCAUGCCUUUACAAGGUUAACGACACAUACCCCUACUGUUUAUGCGCAUUAUCUGAAAACACAAGCAACGACUCCAAGGAUGUCUUUGUCUAUUCGGAAUCCAAAUAA